UGGUGUGGCCUUUACUUUGGAACCUCCAUCACCUGCCCAAUCAGGCCAUCUAAUUUUAUUGGCCUAUGGUCUACUUUUCCAAGAGGCUAUGGAAGUAUAAAUAAUAAAGCAAGAAAAUCAGAUCCAUUUGUCUGGCUGCAUAGAUUUCUUCUGAAUGUACUGACAAGUUCCAAGAAAAAUGAACCCCUUGCUGGGCCUGGGCCUGCUUCUGGCUGGCCUCCUCACUGUGGAAGGUCUUCUGAAGCCCAACUUCUCUCCAGAGAAGUAUGAAGCUGUGAGUCAGGGCCAAGUAGGGAAGGGAAAGCGGACAGCUCAGGAGCUUGCAAAGCGAAACACAGACUUUGGACUCAAGCUGUUUAAGAAACUGUCCUUCAGCAGCCCUGACAAUAACAUCCUCUUCUCCCCCUGGAGCAUCUCCAUGGCCUUCUCCAUGCUGUCUCUGGGUGCCCAGGACUCCACCCUGGCUGAGAUCAAGGAGGGCUUCAACUUCAGGAACAUCCCUGAGAAAGACCUCCAUGAAGGCUUCCAUUACCUCAUCCACAGGCUGAAUCAGAGGAACCAGGACCAAAGGCUGGGACUCGGGAAUGCCUUGUUUAUUGACCAGAAGGUAAAGCCCCAGCAGAAGUUUCUGACAGAAGUCAAGAACAUGUACAAGGCAGACACCAUCCCCACCAACUUCCAGAACUCAGAAAAUGCUCAGAAGCAGAUCAAUAACUAUGUCCGUCAGAAAACCCAGGGGAAAAUCAACAACCUAGUCAAGAACAUAGACCCUGGCACUGUGAUGCUUCUUAUCAACUAUAUUUUCUUUCGAGCCAGGUGGCAACAUGAGUUUGACCCCAAGGAAACGAAAGAGGAAGAUUUCAUUCUGGACAAAAACAAGAGCGUGAAGGUGCCCAUGAUGUUCCACGUGGGCGUGUAUAACGUGGGGCGUGAUGACCAGCUUUCCUGCACUGUCCUGGAAAUGCCUUACCAGAGCAACUUCACGGCCAUCUUUGUUCUUCCUGAUGAGGGCAGAAUGAAGCAAGUGGAGGAAGCCCUGGGGCUGGAGACUUUUGCCAGAUGGAAGAAGUUACUCGUACGAAGGGUUGCAGAUGUGUUUGUGCCCAGGUUGACCAUCACCAGUAACUACGAUCUGAAGAAGACGCUUUCCCACCUGGGCAUCAGCAAGAUCUUUGAGGAACAUGGUGAUCUCACUAGGAUCUCCCCUCAUCGAAAUCUGAAAGUGGGUGAGGCGGUACACAAGGCUACCCUGAAGAUGGACGAGAAGGGCACAGAGGGAGCCGGGGGCUCUGGAGUGCAGACGCUGCCCAUGGAGACACCGAUUCGGGUCAAGAUAAACCGCCGCUUCCUGCUGAUGAUCUGGGAGACUAAAAUGAAUAACCUGCUCUUCUUUGGAAAGAUUGUUAAUCCUUCUGGGAGAUAAGGCGGAAACCCGACCUCCUGCAGACCCCAGCUAUGUCCUGGGGUUGGAUACUUUUUGUCUCCUUGAGACCACAGGGACUUUCUCAUCUCAUCUCACAUUAUCCUGAGCUCUCCACACCGCCAUCCAAACAGGCAGCACCACUGGCUUCUGGGCACCAUUCCCCCCCCCACCGCCUUAGCCCCCUCACCGCCCACUCAGAUUUCAGGAUUAGAUGCGCCAUCCCUACCCAGUUGAUAGUAACCUUCUCCCCUGCCCCUGGUAGGCAGAGGGAUUUUGUGAUUUAAUAAACGACACUCCCAAGA